AUGGAUAGGGGAAGAACUAAUGGAAGGAGAAACAACGACGUGAUGAACGCCCUGAGGGAGGGAAACAUAAAAAACGAAAAUGUAGACGAAAAUCAAUUCUGGACCAACAUCGACAAUCAGUACUUCUCCAAUUUUGACAAGAGAUUAAUUUCUGCCUUUGAAGACCACAUCAAAUGCACAGAUUAUAUUUGUAACAAAAUAAAAAAUAAAAAAAUUAAUAAAAAAAUUUUCCAAAACAUUAACUGUUACUCCAGUUCCGUAAAAAUAAAAUUAAAUCCAAAUGAGAGAAAUAAUGAAACGUCCAACAUUACCGAUUACAUUUCUGAAAAUAAAAAUUUGAUUUUUAAAAAUGAGCAAGAUGAAAAGGGGAACGAAAAUGACCAAGCGGUCAUCCCCUUUGUGGAUAUUGUGAAUGAAAUAAAAAAGGAGGAAAACCUCUUCACCUUUACUCCAAAAAAUUACGAACAGGAUGUAGAUAAAAAAAUUACCAAUCAUGAAAAUGCCCAAUCAGGUGAAGAAAGAAAAAGCAUUAUCGAAUUUAUGCCAUUCGCGAGAAAUGAAUUUUUAUUGAAUACCUUGCAUCAUCAGAAUUUACGGAAUGGUCACCCCGGUGGAUUCCCCUUCAGUAUGGGCAGAAAUUUCAGCCACAUUCAGCCGAGUAAUCUGAAGGAAAACAAUUUCUUCAUGAGGGGGUUCCCCUUGCCCGGUCCUCCCAACCUCCUUGCAAAUGGCCCCAUGUUUGACAUUCAGGAGAAUUUCAGAAAUGGCCAUCCUCACAAUGUGGAUCCUCUGGGCUACAUCGUUUCCUCCCCCUUGGGAGGAACUCACCAUGUGAGCGUAAGGAAUGCCAACACCCCCUUUGUGAAUAUCAUCGACAGCAGUGGUAGUCAUGGCGUGAACAACAAUGGCAGUAGUGGCCACAUGUUCAGUUACGCCCAAUUUAAAAGUACCCCCAGGGAACCAGGUGUGGUGCCAGAAUUUAAGAAAAUGGGGAAAGGGAUAAGCGAAGUGAAUGCGAAUGCGAGUGCUGGCUCGUCUCCAAACAGCGCAGCCCCAGUUACAAAUGUCGUGUCGGCAAUUAACGAUUGGAAGGUUAGCAAACUGGCCGAGGACGCGAAUAACGGUGCGAAAAAUAAAGCGCCGCUUAAUGAAACGAAUGCGUGCGUCAGUGCAGCAAUUGGCAGCGCAAAUGCGAGUCUCCUCCCGAACGGAAGAAACGACUCCAACAAUUUAAUGAGUAAGAAAUUGAGCGGAGCAAACAAGGCAGGCUUUCCCAACGGUAGUGCUCCUCACCCCUUUAACGCGGGAAAUUCCAACACGGGAAGUAACAGCGAAGUGGCUGACCAUUUAAAGGGCUGCACCUUAUCCACCCCCAGCAUGGCGAACCAUUUGGGGGAAAAUAUACCCGGUGCCAAUUUUGACCCGACGAAAACACGGGGCAACAGCGGCAUGAAUAACUUCCAAAACUUUGAGGCCUUCCCCAACAACUACCCUUUCUUUAACAACUGCUUUGGUAACAACAACUUACUGCUGAUGAACAGCCAAUUCGACAACAAGAUGAGUGAAGAAAUGAACAUGUUCCCCUGCGCUCUUUCGGAUGUGACUCGGGGGAUGUUUAAUCCCGCGAACAAGGGAGCGGGGCUGAGUGGCCCUCCAGAGGACAGCUACAGUGGGGGGAAGAACGGGGCAAAAGCUGCCACAAAUCUGAGCAGCAACAAUCGGGGUAACGUCGAAAAAUCGGGGGCCAGAAAUCUUCCCAAUUUUGGAAACACGCAAAAUAAUAAAAGCAUAAUCAAUUUGGAGCAUCUCCACAUGAACAGCAAUUUGAACCAUGCCAUUGAUGAAGAACACUCUUCGAUGUUCUUUGACAAGCAGGGAGGCAAUAAAUUCCCAACGCAGAAUUAUCCCCUAUCGAAUAACCAACUCAGUUUAAGCCACGGAAUUGGUUCUUACAAAAAUGAUAUGCUGUAUGGAAAGCAGUUUAUGCCCCCCCCACACACUCCAAUGUAUGGUAAAGGGUUCUACCACCAAGCCGAUUUGAUAAAUUACGAAAAUGUGAUGAUGCUACAAAGGGGUGAAGAUAACAUGGGUGAUCCUUUCGACCAAUCGUUUAAAUCUAAGAAUUUGAAGGUUCCCUCCAAAAAGGGAAGCGAAACAAAGUUAAAAAAAAAUAUCGAAAAUGAUGAACAUUCCAAAUCGCAGAUGGAAAAGUGGACGACUCCCUCUAGAACCAGUAGAACGGGCAAACAGGACUCCAAUUUCUUUAACCCCUUUUUGAACAAGAAAUAUGAUGGGGUGGGUAAGCUGCCCUACAUUCAGAACAAACCCGUUCCCAAUGGACUCCACAUCUCGAUUUACAUCCCCAAGAAUUACAACUUUAGUGAAAAAAGCAACGCGGAUGAUGAGAACGAAAGAGAUGCCGAAAAGAGCAACGGUGGGGAAAAAGCCUUUGUCAAGCGAAACAGCGGUGCGCAUGGAAACACAGGUAAGGAGGAACAACCGCUUAAAGAGGAAGAGGACCUCCACGAGAAGGAAGCACUAGCCAAAUUGCUUACCGAAAUUACCUUUGGCGAUAGAAGGAACAUUCUGAACCCUAAGAUGUCCGUGCAAGAUAAGGAAAAAUGCUACAACAGCAUUUUGGACGAACUGAAGAAUUAUGCCUCCUUGCCAAUUAUCCUGGGGAAUAUUUUGCCCUACUGGGAAAGGCAGAAAAAUAAAAAUUUACUUUAUAAGGUAAAAAAUUUGAAGCUGACCAAUGCCAAGUCCAAGUACAUUCACAUCAAAAAUGUCAAUAAGAAGAUAGCAUGCAGGAGAAUUAGGAAGAGGAAAAAACGCCUAUCCGUACGUAAUGACCUUAGUGAAAAACUGAAAAAGAAGAAAAAGAAGAAAAAAAAAAAACACAUCACAGAUGGUGCCCCUCUAACGAUGGACCCAAAGGAAGAGGCAAAUGACCCGAACAAAAUUGAACACGAUGGUGUGAAUAAAAGCCUGGACAACUUGGCGAAGGAAAAAUACAAAUUUGACAACAACACCAAUAGCUUGGAACUGACCGACGCAGAGUCGAAGAAGGUGCACAACGAACAUAAGGAUGACGAAUCUGCAAAUAAUGUGGAUAGCAGUGAAGCCAAGGAGGAGUGCAGCAAAUCGGAACAGGCGCAGAUGGACCAUUCGGGCAGCGACGUGAGGGAGGAGGAGCAGCAGCCGCAGCAGCAGGAGGAGAACGCAGAUGCCGCGGCGCAGUGGGAGCCUCUUCCAGCCGAAAAAGUGGAAAAAUUAGAUGCAACGGGUGAGAGAAAGCAGUCAUAUGAACAAAAUGAAGGAGUGGGAAAAGCGAACCGUUUAAGAAGCGCAGAUGAGGAGAAGCACAGCCUUGCGAUUAGCUGCCAAAUGCAGGAGUCGCUAAAGAUUUGCCCCCCUAGCAACGUGAGCGAGGACAAAGAAUCGCAGGUGCAGCCGCCCAUUGAUGAUGGAACCCCUUGCGCAGUGGGGAAGCUGGUAGACCCUGGAGCGACUAACCAGGAAGACCUCCCACCGAGUAGUACAAACCGGGGUAACAGUAACAACUCGAAAGGAGCCCAGAAGAAAAAAAAACACCAAAGUGUGUAUCGAGAACACCGUAGGAAAUCCCUCUAUAGGAAAAAAUUACUUUUAAAGAAGCAAAAAAAGUACUACAAAUUUCAGUUUCUAAGGAAAUUCAAAUUCUCCAUUCCGAAUAAAGCCACGGUGCCGUUUAAUAGUUCCAUUUUUUCGCUGCAAAGAAAUCAGUACAAAUCUAACAUAUAUUUCGAGUUCAUUUUAACAAAUAUAAAUUUGGACAAGUACCGAAAGAACAUUUUGAAUGUGAAUUACAACAACAGCAAUUCUGUCACGAAGAAGGCGGCACGUGCGUAUUGUAUAAAUUUUAACAAAUUAAAGAAUCGGAAGAAGAAGCUAGUGAAGAGGAGUACCUCGGGGGGGGGUGAAAUGAAGCCGAGGAUUUCUUCCUCCGCCUCUGGGUUGAAGAAGAAUUUUAAGAACGACCAGGAGGGAGCUGCACGAUGCAUCUCCAGUGAUAAUAACACUCCACUGGGUGAGCAGCCCAAGGGGGGUUCCCCAGAAUUUGCAGAGGGGGCGAGCAGUGGAGGCGCAAUCGUCAGCCAGACCAAUGAGAAGAGCGUAAAAAUUGCCAGCCACUCGAACGACGCGAACAUUGCCAGCCACGCUAACGACGCGAACAUUACCAGCCACUCGAACGACGCGAACAUUGCCAGCCACUCAAACGACGCAAAAAUUGCCAGCCGCUCGAACGACGCGAGAAACAUGAAGAACAUCAACAAGGAAAUCUGCGUGCUGUUUUCCCGGUACGUGCACAACAUAAAGGAGCAGAGGAAAAUCCUCACCAAGCUGCUAGACAGCAUAAAGAACGAAAAGAAAAAGCCCUACAAAUACUGGUACUCCAUAGAGGACAAGAUGAUUAACUUCUACAUCAAUGAGUAUUUGAAGAAUAAGUUGAACACCAAACAUACGUAUACCCUGUCCAAGCAGAUUGUAGAUUUGCUCAAAUUAAGAAUUUUAAUUAGCAACAGCUCUCAGUUACCAAACAGUUGGACCGAAAAGGCCCUGUGCAACAUUUGCAGUUUGGGGGAGGAUUGGGAGGAUAACCCCAUCGUUUUCUGCGACUGUUGUUACACGCCCAUGCACUCGUUUUGCACCGGCUCGAGGAAUAUUAAAAAUUAUAACAUUGUUAGGAGAAGCUCUCAAAAUUCGGACAAGAACGAAUCGGAGGGGCCAUCCGGCAAGCCGCACGAACCCGUUUGGGCUCCCAACAGCACGAGUAAGAAGAAUGAACCGAAGAAGGUGAACCUCAACAUAAUGAAGUCGCUUCUCUCCGACUGUUACGUAAAUUUUAAUUCGCCCCUUAGCAUUUUCACCGCCUCAACAUGUGGCGAAGUUGGGGCAGCCGGUAGAAAUGACGAAGCGGAGGGUGAGGAUGGCAAAAAUGGGGUCAGCCACGAUGCUGAGAUGAAGGCCCCUUCGGGCAGCAACCUGCACGGGAGCGGACUCAAAGUGGAGGCUGCAAGCCAGGCAUCGAACGAAGUAAAUAACGAGGGAGAUAAUCCCAACGGAGGAGCGAAUAAAAAUUCGAGCCCAACCUCCGCAGGGGAAGGUACCACCAAUGUGAAGAUCGAAAAAGUGGAUUCGCUGAAAAAGGAAGAGAAGGACGAAGCCCCCGUUUUGAAGGACCUCUUAGGGGGAAGCACCCAAAAUGAGCCGCAAAAUCAGCAGAGCGGCGUCCUCGAAAGGGGAGGGACAGCCACCCCAACGCCACCCUACCUGGUAAACAGCACGAACAUUGCAACCCCAAGUGCAAGUGGCGAAAAUAAUGCCAACCAAGAAGGUGCGAAAAAUCCGGAGGACGAACAGUGGAUCUGCCCAUUAUGCUCCUACUUGAGGAACCAAAUUUUGUUCAUCGAAGAUUCCACCGCUUUUAAAAUUAUUAGAAAUUUAAGUGGGCCUAGAAAAAAAAAAGAAAUUGAAUACCUAUCCCGAUCGUGUGACGAACUUGGUAACUCCUCUUUAGAUAUAAAGAACGAAUUGAAGGAAUACACCCCCCCGGAGGAAAUCACCAUAAAUAGGAACCACCCCACCAGUGCAAUUUAUAAACACAAAUCCAUUUUGCUUCUGUUCAACAUCGAUAGGGAUGUUUCGCUUUACAAGGAGAGGUACAACGUAGACAUUAAAGACUCGCAUGACUUUUUCGAGAAAGUCAUUUUGAAGAACACCCAUUUGUAUAAGUACAAAAUAUUUUUCAAUUGCAUUAUUGUGAGUAAGGCCGUUCCCCAGGGAGGAGGGAGAGAGGAAGGUAACCGUAGUAGUACUAGUAGCAGUAGUAGUCACCUGGUUGGCUAUGGCCAGGCGAUGCACACACCCCAGGUGAGCGCACUAAACCCUGAACAUCUUAAAAUGUUCCGGCAGGAACCCUUCCUCAUAAACGAAAAUUUGGAAGAAAGUGACGCGGAUGAUUCAAAGGAAAAUGAAAAGGAAAAGGAUAAGGAGGAAAAGGGAGAUAGGAGAAAGAGGGAUAGAAAUUCGCACCAUAGUAAAAUAUCGAAGAGAGAAUUAAAGAGGAGAAAUAGAUUGAGAGCCAAAAAGGGAAAUGCCAACAAGAAGAGUAGCAACCCGAAUGAUGCUAACGCAAAUGUGGUAGUCAGAAAAAGAGGCAGACCCCUGGGAAGCACCAAAUUGAACAAAAUUAAAAUGCUCAGUAUGAAUAAGAGCAACAGUAAAAAUGAGGACAACCAUGUGGAAGGCACGUGUAACAAUUUGAGCCAUAAUAGUGGCCACCUCAGUACCCCCAGCGCUAACCUAAACGUGUACCCCUUCCACCAUAGUAGUCACGUUAAGAGCGAAACGGACUGUGACAUCAGUCAGUAUGCCCACCAGAAUAGCAGCCAAGGAAAGAGCCAAGCUGAGUUCCACCAACGUGAGGAUAGCAACGACGGGGAUAUCAAAAUGAGUCUGAAAGAAAAAACACUCAUUGCGCAGAAGUAUUUUAGCGAAAAGAGUGAAGAUUUGUCCCACUUUAUCAACCGAAAUUUCCCCUUCUAUGAAAACGACUCGGAUGAGAAUAACCUAUUGUUGAAGUACAACCACAGCAAGAACUUCUCCUUCGUUUUUAAAAUCCCCACCUGCUGCAUUUGCGAAUUUGAUUCCUUCUACUUGGGGGGGGGUCCCAUCAAGAGGACCAAAAAGAAAAACGAGUGGUGCCACAUCCGUUGCGCUUUAAUAAGUAACUGCGUAAUUAAUGACAAAAUUGAAAUUAGCAGUAGGGAUAAAACCAAAUAUAAAUGCUCCCUUUGCUUGAGGACCAACAGCACGGGAAUAAUUAAAUGUAACAUUGCCGACUGCUGUAAGUACUACCACAUAUCUUGUGCCACAUCUUCCAAUAAGUAUCUCAUCGAGUUGAACGAAUCUAACAAGCUAGUUCUGUUUUGCUCCAACCAUUCGCAGAGAAAAGCGCCGACCGAAAUUUUAAGGAAAUAUCAAAUCCUUCGCGAAAAAGAAUUUAAUAAAAAUAAAAUGGAAGAUAAAGUAAACAUAUCCAAAGUGUUUGACGCUUACAUUUUGCAAUCCUACCUCAAAAUAAGUGACAUGAAAUUGUUCAAUUUGUUGUCUUUAUCAUCUCUUUCCAUUUUCGAAAAAUUCGUUUAUUUUAAUUAUGAUAAGUAUAGCCAGAAUUUGCAGACGAACAUUGGCGUGAUCGACGAUUUUAAUGAUUUGUACCAGGCGUUCGAUCAGCACUUGUCCAGGGAGCGCAACGAUGUGGCGAGCGCGGGGUCGGACUCGGGCCGGGCGAGAAGGAGGCCCUCCGCAACCGCAACCGCUACCUGCUUGCCCGAUGCGGAUGAGGAGCAGGGGAAGAUGUUCCUGGAGCUGGAGGAGAAGAACCGAACGAAGAACACGGCCAUCGACCUAUUCGACCUGGAAACGAUAAACAAAAUUAGCACCACCAAGUGCAACAACAUCAUAAGCAUAAGCAGCUUCAAAAAUAUUUAUAACGAAAACAUGCUGGAUGAGGAUUCCCUCCUGAAAUUGCUCACUCACGAUUUCCUGUACAUGCAAAAGGAUCUACAAGAAUUGAACAGCGUGAUACUGAGCGAUAAGUAUAAAAAGCUAAAAAAUUUUGAAAAUAUUUUAUUACUGUACCCUCAUUUUAAUGAUUUCCAGUUGAGGAGGCUGUCGGAGCUGAUCCUGGAGAAGUAUCACAUUAACAUUGCGAGUUACCAAGAUGACGAUUCUUUUUUUUCCUUUUUCCUUCAUUUUCUGUCCCUAUUGAAUAAUAAAAAUUUGAUGCUGUGCAGUGUGUGCUUGUCCAAGUCGAGUUACCCACAGAGGGGGAGGGAUGAGAAGAAGCCCGGAGGCAGGGGCGACGCGAGCGCGCUGGAGGGGGGAAAUAGCAACCUCCCCGGGAGUGGCGGCCCCGUUAGCGGAAACAGCAGCCACGAUAACAGCAACUACACCUGCGGGUCCAACCUGAGGGAACAUCUGGAGAAUAAAAAGGAGCGCAGACUGGGCUCGCUCAGCGUGCUGAAGAAAUGCUCCCUCUGCAAUGUGUUCAUUUGCUACUUCUGCUGCCACAGAAUGAACAUUGACAUUAUAAAGAAUUACCUCAACGAGGGGGUGAAGUACAAGCCGCCCAGCCACUCAGUUGUGAAAACGAGCGAACGAGUUAGAAACCCCACGCGCUCCAACAAAGUGGGAAGACCAAGCAAAAAUAAGCACAAAGCGCAAGCGGAUGCCACGACGAAUUGUAAUGACGGCGUGGCGGCAGCGGAUGCGAAUAGUGAAAGUAAAGUGGGAGAAUCGGCUGUUGUCGCUGGUACGGAUAAAGUGACCGUUGACCCGUCGGAGGGGCCCCAGUCUGGGGAGAAACAAAAUGGAAGUAGGAAUGGUUCCAUCGACGCGGGGGCGGUUAGUGCGGAGGUGGUUACCGCUGAUGCUGCUGAUGUUGCUGAUGCUGCUGAUGUUGCUGAUGCUGCUGAUACGGCUCAUGCCGCCAACACCGCUCACACCGCCAACACCGCUCACACCGCCAACACCGCUCACACCGCCAACCCCGCUAACCCCGCUGAUGCUGCCGCCCCGGCGAGUGCCCACGGGGAGGAGGCCGCACAAGCGGGGGACGAACCCCGGGAGAGGAGAAACUCAAAAGAUAGUAAAGCUCCGGACCAACGUUUAUUGUCAAAGGUUGAGCAGGCAAAGGAACACACGCACGAUGGAGGCAAAAGGAAUGACAGCGAUGCGGAGUUUGUAUGCCCGAGGUGCCAAUAUUUUCAAGUAAAAAAAAAAAUAGGCUUCUGCACGUACUGCCCCAGAUUAGAUGGAUUCCUAAACUGCUUUGAAGAUAAGGCCAAAAAGGAGCUCCUUUUUGUGCACCCAAAAUGUUUAGAAUAUGUUAAUACAGCUUACUGCAAAAAGAACAUGAACGAGACCAAACCGGGGGCAAUUAAAAAGGUAUGCAGUUACUGCAGAAUUAAGCAUGGGAUAGUUAUCACGUGCAGCAACACCGACUGUGAUGUGUCCUUUCAUAUUUCCUGUGGAAUUCUAUUAGGGUGCAAAAUGGACAAUUUUUUUGGUCGAGUUGAUAUUUACAACCCUAAGAAGGCCUACUGUUUUAAACACACCUUCCAGUCAUGUAAGAAGAACACGCUAGUCAAUUUUAUUAACACAAAUAAGCUGUUCUUUUUUGAGAAUUUCCUGGACUACCCCUUCAACCACCUGUAUAACUUCAUAAUGGGCACCUACAUUUUCAAGCAGCUAAACAAAAACUGCGUUAGCCAUUUGAUGAAGCCCAUCAAGAUAGAAGAAAACCCCUGCCUCAAUACCAUUUUCGAAAGGACGCAACUGAACGUUUUGAGGAAAGCUACCCAUCUUUUGUCCAAUGACGUUAAAAGAAGCCACAAGAAGAAAACGGGUUUAGGCCACGAUCUCGAUGAGGAGCACAUUGCAGCGGGGAUCUUCCACAAUGAGGACAACACUGGUGGUUCUCAUGAAAAUAACAGCGAGACAUUUUUUCACAAAGAUUUGAAGUUCCUAAUUGAACACCACUCUAGAACCCCAUCCCAUGCACAGAAGAACAUGCAAGGAGAGGACGCACGACUGGGGGCGAACCACAUUUCGGACCUCAUCAUGGGAAGGAAAGGAGCAACAGAUGGUAGUAACUUAGCGCAAGAUAAACGCAACGCUCUGCAGGGAGAAUCAGAUGGUGGAAAAAAUCCCUUUGCUCUCUCAAGCAUAAGUGGAAAAUUCAAAAACGACCACCCCUCCUUUGUUGACGAUAACGUAACCGAAAGUGCAGUCUCUGUGUUGUCCGAAAAUGAAACAGAAGAACUUCGGUCCUUUCAAAAUGUCUCCUUUUUUAACUCCAGGGCAUGUUCCCAAAUUAACAGUAUAGUGAGCAAUAGCUUUAUAAAUCAAAUGAGGAAGUUCCCUCCCAACCAAAACAUGAUGAUGAUGCCCUAUUACAAUGGUGCUAAUGUGAUCCCCAAUAAUACCUACCCCUUUUUCGACGCCAAAUGUGAGGACAUGAAAAACGCUGCACAGUUGGCCCAUCUAGGAAUUGGAAGUAGUGCCCGAAGCAACCCUCAGGUGUUUCCGGGCAAAAGUGAUAAGUAUAGCCAAUUAGAACGAAAGAGAAAGAAAUAUCUGCUGCACCCGAAUGAGGAAGUGGCCAAGAAGAAUCUUCUGAAUGAUGCCAGUCCGUUGAGUGUCAACCUGGAUGUGAAUAGCAAAGCGGAUGGAAGGAAAAGAAGGAAGUAUCGAAAAAAUAAAAACGGAAACAAUGAGGACAAUUUUGAAAGACCAAACGUUAGCAGCAUGUUAAGUGCGCCAGGUGAGCUAAUAAACCCAACGCAGAUAAGCAGCAGCCGUGCGCAAAACCCCAAUGCUGCUGCGCAGUUUGAUGUUAAUAUGAAUACGACGACAUACCAUCUGAACGAGCUUAUCGUCAGUAAGGAUAAACACUCCGCGGAAAAGGCUAAAGGUGCCAAAAACGAAAUGGUGAAAAUGAACCAAAAUGAAAUAAAGGAAGAAAAACCACAGAGACAAAAUGAAGAACUGAUAAAGGAGGAACAAAUUUACUGCCCAGUUUGCAAAUGCUUUUAUGAAGAACUCAGUGAUGGUUCCCCAGCGGACGGACUUAAUUGGAUUGGAUGUGACAAAUGUGAAAAAUGGUACCACUGGAUCUGCUGCAAGUAUUCCAUUGACAAUCCCCCCGAUAUGGAAAAUGACUGGUACUGCAGCACCUGCCUGAACAGCUGAUGCGGCUUCCCUGCCAGGGGAGCGUUCGAACAGCACGCAGGGAGGAAAUGAAAAGGGGGGGGAUGGUACCCCCGCAAGGGUUUCUGUUGGUGGCCCGCGCGUCAACUUUUAUUUAUCAUGUUUUCUUUUCCCUUUUUUUUUUAAUUUAAAGUUUUCAAUUUUUAAGUUCUUGCCGCUCCCCGGGUGCGGCUUUGUGUGUGCCCCUUUUUACGUUCCUUUUUUUGCGUGCCUUUUUUGCGUGCCAUUUUUGAGUGCCCUUUUUGCUGCCUUUUUUGCGUGCCCCCUUUUUUAAGUCCAUCCCCAAUUGGUUCAACA